AUGGAGCACAUCGGGAACCUGGGCCACACGGAGCCCAUCACCUUCGGCAUCGAGCAGAUCCUCAGCCACGCGGAGCAGAACUGCAUGCUGGGAGCGAGGACGCACGAGGACUACGGACACGCGGCAUACGGCGGUGGCUUCACGUGCGCUGAUGCGGUGUAUAACGGGAGCAGCGGAGGUGGAGGAGCGUGCGGAGCCUACGUGAACAUGGGGAUAAACAUGACACCGAGCAACAUCAUCAGGGUCCCUGCUCACCGACCCGUGAGCGGCGGGCCUCCCCUCCAUCACGGCCCGGGCCACGGCCUCAACACGAUCACGUUCCCCUGGAUGGAGAGUAAUCGGCGCUACACCAAGGACCGCUUCACCGCCUCCAAAAAGAAGUGUCGCGCGUCUCUCCCGCUGCAGUCUGUGAGCGCGCGCACCGUACGUCAGACUGCGGAGGAGCGCGAGGCGGAGCGGCAGCAGGCCAACAGGCUCCUGAUGCAGCUGCAGCACGAGGCCUUCCAGAAGUCUGUGUGUGAACGUGUGAGCCCGGACCCUCUGUGUCUGCAGAACACCUCUCUGUUUGCACUGCACAACCUGCAGCCCUGGAGCGAGCACACCGCCAAGCUCAGCAGCGUGUCUGCGUGCGACUGA